CUCGGUCGCGCGGUGCAUUGUGGUCCGUCGGUAUGUUUGCUUGAAGGAAGCCGUGUGCACCGGAAUCUGAAGAAUUUGAGGUGUCCGCCAAGCUAAACCGUUCUUCUCCAUCGUUGCUUCUUGCUCCUCUCUAAUUUUUCCGUAAUCAAUUUCCUAGUGGACGCUUAAGGAGCAGUGAGGAAAAAUCAUGUCGCACGGUGACAAAAUUAAGCAAGGCCAGUUCACUAACCCUGAGACACCAGGGUAUGUGGGAUUCGCCAACCUGCCCAAUCAGGUUCAUCGCAAGUCCGUCAAAAAGGGCUUUGAGUUCACGCUUAUGGUUGUCGGUGAAUCUGGACUUGGGAAAUCCACCCUGAUCAACAGUCUGUUCCUGACUGACCUCUAUCCCGAGAGGAUCAUCCCGGGGGCAGCAGAGAAAAUCGAGAGGACGGUUCAGAUCGAGGCAUCCACUGUGGAAAUCGAGGAGCGGGGCGUAAAGUUGCGUCUCACUGUGGUCGACACUCCGGGAUAUGGAGACGCCAUCAAUAGCCAGGACUGUUUCAGCACCAUCAUCAGCUACAUUGACGAUCAAUUCGAACGCUACCUCCACGAUGAGAGCGGUCUAAAUCGCCGCCACAUCGUCGACAACAGAGUUCACUGCUGCUUCUAUUUCAUCUCUCCGCUCGGCCACGGCUUGAAACCCCUGGACGUUCAGUUCAUGAAGGCCAUCCACAAUAAGGUCAAUGUGGUUCCUGUCAUCGCCAAGGCGGACACGCUCACCCUCAGAGAGAGAGAGAGGCUCAAGCGCAGAAUCCUUGAUGAAAUUGAUGAACACGGCAUCAAGAUUUACCACCUGCCCGACGCCGAGUCGGAUGAGGAUGAAGACUUUAAAGAGCAAACCAGGAUCCUCAAGGCUAGCAUCCCUUUUGCGGUGGUGGGCUCCAACCAGCAGAUUGAGGCCAAGGGGAAGAAGGUGCGGGGCCGCCUGUACCCCUGGGGAGUGGUGGAGGUGGAGAACCCCGAGCACAACGACUUCCUCAAGCUGCGCACGAUGCUGAUAACCCACAUGCAGGAUCUACAGGAAGUGACCCAGGACCUGCACUACGAGAACUUCCGCUCGGAUCGCCUGAAGCGCAGCGGCAGGUUGUCCUCCCAUGGUUACGUUCUGCCUCUUUCCCCUGCAAAGGGUCCCGAACCGGAGGAAAUGGACAAGGAUAUGAUUUUGCAAGAGAAGGAGGCGGAGUUGAGACGAAUGCAGGAGAUGAUCGCCAAGAUGCAGGCCCAGAUGCAGAAGCAGGGUGAUGGAGAGGGAGACGUUUGAAAAGAUGAAGUUACUUGUGGCAUCAAUUUGACUUUGAUGGGAGACAAAGGAGGACAGCUUGAGGACAGCAGCCAUGUGCUUCUUGUUCAUUCAUUCCCACUUGGGAUCAGGUUUGCUGAUAAAUAUAGUAAAAUAUAUUCAGUGUUAAAAUGAAUAAGUAUAUAUCCUCAGUUUUAUCCAUACACUCUUAACCCUUCACAUUUGCCAGUCAUCAUCAAACGACCCUUGAAUUUUAAGUGGCAUCUACAGUUUCACAAAAACCAUCUCUUACCCGUUCAUUUUUUUUCCAUUGACAAAUUUGACAUAGGGUGGCUAAAUUCUUCCAGUGUGUUUGUACCUAAAUGUUAAGAUCCUGCUCAUAUUUUCUCUUUGAAAGAGCUUCAGAGCCAGAAACACAUGUAAUUGUCUGAAUAUUUUUUUGUGAGGGUGAAGAAGUACCGGUACUUUGUUUACCCCAAGUUAAAAAAAAAGUGUGCCAUGAACUGUUACUGAUGUUGUUACCCUCAUCCAUGCUAUGUUACCUCCAUACAUUUGAAGUUGUCUUUUCUGUGAAGUUGGCAUGGAAGGAGUGGCCGAAGUCAUUUUGAGUUGGACAAACGGUUACAAGUUUAGAAAUGAAGGACAUUGUUCAAAUUCAAGGCGAAAACUUUUCACGUUCAAGGUGAUCUGUCAUUCAUGCCCAUUCUUCCCUCACCAGCCAAACUGUGAUCUCCAACAUUCCUCUUUGAGCUGUUUUUAGCCACUAUUAAUGCACCAAAUAUGGUUCUUGAUGUACAAUGUUGUAAUAAAAGUUUUAUUCUCAAA